AUGAGCCGCGCUCAUGGCGCCACACAGCUACGAUCGCCGGAGAUGGGGGAACACAACCUGCAACGUGGAGCCCCAAAUCAGUCUCGGGAUGAGGGAACGAUAGCAUCAAAAGGGGUUGGGAAUCAGAGACACAGGAGCAAACAGAAUUUAGACUAUGUGCUGAGGACAGGUUUGGCUGGAGGGUUAGCAGGGUGUGCUGCCAAAACAGUCGUUGGACCCCUCGAUCGUGUCAAGAUCCUCUUCCAGGCUUCCAACCCUCAAUUUGCUAAAUACACCGGCUCUUGGUUCGGCGUCGUGACUGCCUUGCGCGACAUCAAUCGUCAGGAUGGUCUACGCGGUCUUUUCCGAGGCCACUCGGCAACCCUCCUCCGCAUCUUUCCCUAUGCCGCGAUCAAAUUCCUCGCUUACGAGCAGAUACGAUCUCUCGUGAUAACCUCGCCAGCGCAAGAGACGCCCAUACGUCGGCUUCUUUCAGGCUCCCUUGCCGGCGUCACCUCGGUCUUGUUUACCUAUCCACUGGAAGUCAUCCGUGUCCGCCUGGCCUUUGAAACAAGGAAAGAUUCCCGUUCCUCUCUCUCUAGCAUAUGUCGUCAUAUUUACAACGAACAUCCACCCAUCGUUGCACGGUCAUCAAUAUCCACUGCGCCCGUGUCCGUCGCCGCAGUUGCCGACUCGACUCCCAGCAGCGGCGUAAUAAAUUUCUAUCGAGGCUUCACGCCAACGCUGGCAGGGAUGCUUCCUUACGCUGGCAUGUCGUUUCUGACCCACGAUACUGCUACGGACUGGUUGCGCCUCCCAGCCCUUGCCCCCUACACCACAACGUCACCCCCAGCAUUCAGAGAUGCGACCGCUCCGCUUGUCUUGAAAUAUUGGGCAGAACUUCUUGCUGGUGGGUUCGCUGGGUUGGUUUCGCAAACCGCUUCAUAUCCACUUGAAGUGGUUAGAAGGAGGAUGCAGGUUGGAGGAGCAGUAGGGGAUGGACAUCGAUUGGGCAUGGCGGAGACUGGAGUAAAAGUAUGGAAAGAAGCGGGGUUCAAGGGCUUCUGGGUGGGACUGACGAUUGGAUAUGUCAAGGUUGUGCCGAUGGUCGCUGUGAGUUUCUUUGUUUAUGAGAGGAUGAAGGUCGUUUUGGGCGUUUGA